UUUGUUUUCUCAUGAGCAGCUGGACUUUAAACUUCAUCUCUCCUGUAGCUGUUUUGCCCAAGAGCUGCAGAAAUGCAGGCAGGCGCCAUUAGGCUCAGAGGGUAACAAUGACAAGGUGCUCUUGGAUAAUAUUGUUCCUUCUCUCUGCCCUUUUCCGUCAGACAGAGCAGACAGUGUUUAUAUCAGCUGACGAGGCAAACAAUGUUAUCAAGAGACAGAGGCGUGCCAGUUCCCACCUUCUGGAGGAGAUCCUCCAAGGCAGCUUGGAAAGGGAAUGCCUUGAAGAGAGAUGUACACAUGAAGAAGCAAGAGAAGUAUUUGAAAAUGAUGAAAUGCUUAAAAUGUUUUGGGAUAUCUACUACGAGGGCAGGAGGUGCUCCUCGAGCCCCUGCCAGAACAAUGGCGUGUGUGAGGACAGCAUUCGUGGCUACACCUGCACUUGUGCUGAGGGCUACGAGGGAGAGAACUGUGCUUUCGCUAAAAAUGAAUGUCACCAUGAAGCAAAAGAAGGAUGUCACCACUUCUGCUACCCAGGAAUUAAUUCCUACCGCUGUUCCUGUGCUGAUGGCUAUGAGCUUGGGCAGGACACAAAACAGUGCAUCGCAUUAGAUGAAUGUGCAUGUGGCAGACUUCAAGACAGUGAUAAUCUGAUAAGUGAAACCAGGAAGAAACAUGACGAGCGAUUUCCCUGGCAGGUGCUACUGCUAAACUCAGAAGGGAAAGGCUUCUGUGGAGGAGUGCUGCUAAAAAGUAACUUCAUAUUGACCACAGCAGAGUGUGCUCUUCUGCACAACCAUUUUGAAAUCAGGGUUGGUGCUGGGCCUAAUGGAACAAGUGGAACUGAGAAGAUAAUGCAAGUUAGUGAGAAGCACAUCCACAUCCGGUAUGAUGAAGACACUGGUGAGAACAACAUUGCAUUGCUACGACUUCAAGAGCAUGUUGAGUGCAACAACUACCAGCUUCCUGUAUGUGCCCCUGAAAGAGACUUUGCAGAACACGUUUUAAUUCCCAAAUUGGCUGGUACAGUUAGUGGCUGGAGCAUAGAAGGUGAUGAACUUAAAGUUGAUGAGCUGCAGGUUUUGUACCUUCCUGCUGAGGACUGCAAACAAAUACUCAACAUCAGCCUCACAAACAGGCAGUUUUGUGGGCACCUCCAGAAGGCCGUAGACAAACGACUGGCUGGAGGAAGCUUUUUAGCUACCGAGUAUAAGGGCACUUGGUUUCUGACUGGUAUCCUGGGAUCUUGGCCACUAGAAGACACUGACUGGGAAACACUUCUAUUCACCAACACCGCAAGGUAUAUGAUAUGGGUUAAACAAAAAAUGAGAUAAGACACAAACACAACCAACUCUCAAGCACCAAACGCCUACCAAUCAUUGCAAGGAAACAUAUGGAUGCAGCCAGUACACCCAUUUGACUGUAUCACAAUUCACAGCAAUGGAAGUUGCAAUGAUGGCACAUAUUUAACUCCAAGUUAUACAGAAAAGCCUGUUUGUCUUUCCUUCUUCUGCUGACACAUAGUACUGUGGAAGUCAUGAUGCAAUAAACCUAGUUAUUUUAUGAAAAACUGAUUUAACUUUAAAUUUCUUAGAACUGUUCAUCCUAAAACUCCAAACACUUUGAUGUUUUUCUGGGAUUUUAAAUAGUGCUAGAAGGCAAUGAGUCUUUUCAAUUCUUGGUACCCUGAGGUUUACUUCAGCAAAUUCAUACUCUUAUUUCAAGAUUCAUACAAGUAAAACUUAACAAAGACCAGGGGAACUUCUUUUACAUGUCUGUGUUAAUGACUGUGUAAGGUCUUGACACUUUCAUCAUGUUUAAAAGUGCUUCCCCUCAUACAUGGUACCUGUGUUUUCCCUUAUGAACGAUGUUCAUGUCAGUUAGAGGAUAAAAUAAAACCCAACUGUAAAAGAUAGGAAAAGAAAAAGUUUAAUUUCCUUUUAAAAUAAUUUUAAAACCCCCAAACUACCAUCUCAUCAGUUUGGACAAAGUUACAUUGUACCAAUCCCAAACAAGCAAACCAGCCAACCCCCCAAGGUAAUAACACUUAAAAUACUGGAUCCAGUGGUAGUGUUUUCCCCAGAAGCAAAAUAAAACAGACUAUGGGUAAGUUAGCUACACCAUCUUUUGUUCACCAUUAUAGAAAUAAAACAAAUAUCACCAGAACUAAAAAAAAACCAAACCCAUCUGUGGGCACCUAUAGACAAAUUGCCCACAUUUACUUGAACCUGUAAGUAUUACUGACACAGUAAAGCUUUUGGUGUCAAGCACUUCUCUAGUUUUUAGAGAAAGCUUGAAAAGAAUAUUUAAUACCAGCAAGAUUAUUGAAGAGACUUAAAAAAAAAUGGAAACCAUGUAAGAAAACAUUAUUUCCAUUCUGAAGAAGGGAUUAACACGAGUAACAAAGGCUGACACUUCUCUCUGAAAGAUAAAUGCAAAAAUAGUAACACAAAGUACUUUAUAAAAACUUUUAAGUAAUUUGUGAGUAAUUUGGAAUGCUUUGCUUUAUUUCUUCAUGAAAUACUUGGAAUUAUCUAGAAAGCCUGUGGAAAUUAUUAUUUAAAAGUCAGCAUUUCAUUCCAACGCACUUUGUAACACUGGCAGUCUUGGUCCUUCUGGGAAAGGAGCCACAAACAGUUCCUGGCAUUCCAGUUCUGGACAUGAACCAGGCAAUUUACAGUGUCCUUGGGGUGAUUAGGAGCAGUUCCACUGGACAAGCCGAGUACCUGGGAAGUACUUGCAUGGAUAAGAUGCAACACUCAACACACCGUUGACAGUGGAGGAAAUGGGUUCUGCUUACUGACCACA